CCGAAUUUAGAGCAAGAUUGCCGCACAUGGACAAAACUGCCUGUAGACAGUUAGUUGAAUUGAUGAUCGAGAGCAGUUAAUAAAUAUGACUAUAAGGGACGAAUAUAACAAGGGAGUAAAAAACUUAAGUAGGUCAUUGAAUAUUCUGAGAUGGUUGGUAAACGGCUCUACAGCUCUUCUCGUUAUUGGCAGCGGCUUAAUUGCUAUGAGGUAUGCAAAGAAAAAAGCGGAAAAUAGCCCAACAGAGAUGACAGAGGCAGAUUUGAAGGAGGCUGCAUAUGAAAAGCGUCUUCAGUAUUUAGAAGGACUAAGAAGGGAGCGCCUUAGUAAGCGUGUUACAUCUAAGACAAGUGAAAACUUACCUGAAUCUCAGGAUGGUCCUUCAGAGACACCAGCAGUUGAUAAAAAGGAGUAAAUAUACCUCAGAGACAUGAUUGAUGAUACAAAGAUGUUAUCGUUACUGUUACAACUUUCAAGUUGGUAAACACUGAAUUAAUUUUUUUACCUCUAUUUUGUGACCAGACAUGAAAUCUGCUUAAAUUCAAAAUUCAUUCUUGACUUAACAUGACAAAAUUUACAGUGGGAAGGCUAAUUGAAUAAGGAAUUCAUUUGUGACAGAAACAGAUUUUUCAAUUGGAAUGAAAUCGACUGUUGAAAAAACAAUCUGAUUUGAUGGAUUAUUCACCAUACAAGCAUACCAGGAGUGCUGAAAACAAAUCAAAAGUGUUUGCAGAUUCUGGGUAUGCCAAACUUCACAAUGAUCAAGUAAAGGCAAGGGUUACUAAAACAGUUGUGAUAUGUAUUGACCGAGCUGAGGUCGAGAACUGUGAAGUUGCUCAAUCAAGGAGAGGAAGUGGAAGAAGUCUUCGUUCUUUGGCAUCUGGUAAUAAAAAAGAAAGUGAUGGACUGUCGGUGCAAAGGGAAACAAAUUGUGUUGCCCAUCAAUGCAAAGACAUAGGCAAAAUUGAAAAGUAUAAAGAUGUUGGACGUCAGGAAAUACUAAGUAGUUCUUUAGGUUUAGGAGAUAACAAAGAUGUGAUACAAACUAUGCCGAAUGGUGAGAUUUCUGCAGAUACAAAAUAUACCAAGAGCCCAUCACUGUGCAAAACUGGCACCACACCUCAAGAAAAACAAGCCAAGAAAGCAGUUAAGAAAGCAAAGUUGAGUUUGGCCAAAAAAUCUUCGGCCAAAGGCUCCAGAGGUACUAGCAAAUUAAAACUGUUCACUGACAUCUUUGAAAAUGACACAGUUCUAAAUCAAACGGAUGAUUUCAAAGAUGAUACAUUGAAUGUUAAAUUUGUGCCAAAAAACAAAAAUGCAAAACCCUUAAAGAGGGGGUCUAGAAGCACUAUUACUGCAAGUAAAAGGGAUGGACUUGCUGGAAAAGAAAAUGAGGAUUUAGGUGACAUAAAUGCAAUCCUUCAAACUACUGCAAACAAAAGCUCAAAUGCCACCAAAGCUAUUUCAAAUAAUGAAAAUGAAGACCUGCUUAUUCCAGAGACUUCAGUCAAUGGACAGACUGAAAUUGAACAUAUUGAGUUGAAUGGUGUUGACACGAGAAACAAAAAUUCAAAAACUGUUCUUAAGCAACAAAAUGAGGAGAUACAAAAAUGCCCAUCAGCUGAUCAAAAUGAGCAGCAACCGUCACGUAGUGAGCAAGAGAAAACGCAGCCGGAAUCUGAUCCUGAUAAAAAGGAAUCUGAUGGUGAAGAAGAAUACCAGGGAAAAGGAUGCCCCACUUGUAAAGCUGUUGUAGAGCUCGACAAGUUCCGUGAACAUAUUUUACAGUGCAUGAGAACUUCCUACGGAAACCAUAAAACUGACACUGCAUCACUGCUACAUGACCAAGAAGAAUCUGAUGAAACCCUUGCCAGACAACUCCAGAAAAGGGAAGAGGAAAAAUUGAAAGAGGAAAAAGCAACAGACGAAAAAUUUUUUGUUCUGUCAAUUCUGUCAAAAGGACCUCUCAAAACUCAAUUCACAUAGACGUCUCCAACAUGUCAAUAGAUGUGCUGAUAAGGCUGAAAUUGCUGCCAAAGAAGAGAAGCUACAAGCAGAGCAACUCUCCAAGGCAAAGGAUGCAGUACUAAAUUGUCCAAUCUGUGGUCAGCACUUGAAAACACAAAAUGCUAGAAGAAACCACCUGAAGAAGUGUUCAACCAAAUUCGGCAUAGCACCAACACAGCUGGUAACAAUAGUGCAGAAACAACAGGAGGAAGCCAUGCAACUGUUGAAUGCUGGGAUAGUUCCACCUGAUGCUUUGCCACCAAAGAAGGGAAGAGGAAGGAAAAAGAACACAAGCACAGAAACCAAUACAAACAUUACAGAACUAACAAGUACUUCUAGGCAGGUAGAUGAAGACACCCAGGUUGCCAUCGCUUUGUCUCGCUCUCUUCUUGACCAAAAACAGCAGCAGCAGCAGUCAGAAAAUAUGACAGGGGCUAGCAGUAGUGCUUUGAUUGAUUGGCCCUUGAAGCCUUACAAGGAUGGAAUGGAAAAGAAAAAAAGAGGGAAGAAAAAGAGAGAUGAACCUAUUAACACGCUGCUGCUGGAGAGCCAUGAAAAAAUCCAGGAAAGGUUGGCCAACAGAGCUGCUAAUAUGGUGCUUCAUAAAGAACAGGAUGCUGUCAGUGAUGAUGUGCAUCCCACUCUGGAACUGCCUGACAGCAAAUUGAAAGCUGCCAACACCAAAGUGCUGAGAUUAAUACAACAUAGUGUUAGCCAACAGGUUCAGUCGCUGUGGACAAUGACUGCCUUGGAGUUGGAUGGCAGUGAGAAGCCCAGAGAGACCUACUAUGUGAGCACCCUGAUGCCCCCUAUCUCUCCUUGCAAAGUUGUAGCUGGGAGCAAGCUAAGGAGGAUGUCGGAGAUCCCUNAUUGUUGA